GAGAGAGGUCUCCCAUGUGGAAGACCACAGCAACCAACCAGAGAGGCGUCGGAGAACUCGGUCAAAGAGACAAACCUGUCACCAAUCCAUGACCAGAGAUGCUAAAAAUAAAGAAUACUGUACUCAAGCAAAAAAGAAGAGAGAGAGAGAGAGAGAGAGAGAGAGAAAGUAAGGGAAAGCUGUUCCUAGAUCUCACGCUUCACUCACCUCCCAUGCCCACAAAGAAAGAGAUGCCAAAAGCUCAUCAUAUGCUAGUGUGCCAUCACCACCACAGGAGUACAGCCUUCACCUUUUGUUUGAAUCCAGUACUGGUUGCACUCUGACCAUCCAUUCUAUAAACACUCCUCUCCUCCUCCUCCUCCUCCUCCUCUGCCGUCCACUUCUCUCUGAAAUGCUUCUCUUGUAUGCUCUUUGUUCUAAACAAGAGUACGAAGAGACUGCUGCUUCUGUGUGUGUGUUUGUGUGUGUCUGGUUGUGUUAACGCGUGAUACAGAGCCGGGCGUGCAUGAAGAGAAAGAUCGUACAAGUACAGUAGAUGGGGUUGAAGUCCCUCAGUCUGCAGGUGAUCCCGUGGUGCUUCCACGUGGUGGGCGGGACGUGGCGGCCGGCGGCCGCCAGGCGAACUAACCCGGCCCCGCCGUCGCAAGCGGGGGCGGGUGUCCGGCUCAUCGGCUGCGACGGGCGGGUCAGGGUGUACCACCGGCCGGUGGCGGCCGCGGAGCUCAUGAGGGAGCAUCCCUCCCACCUCGUCUGCCGCUCCGACGCCUUCUUCAUCGGACAGAAGGUCCCGCCGCUGGCGGCCGGCGACCAGCUCCAGCCGGGCCAGUCCUACUUCCUCCUCCCUUCCCACUUCUUCCGCUCCGUCCUCUCCUUCGUCACCCUCGCCACCUCCCUCGUCACCCCCACCGCCGGCGGCGCCAGAAAGAGCGCCCUCAGGCCGUUCGACAUCCACAAGACGGCCACCGGGACGCUUCAGAUAAGGGUCUCCGAUGAGUUCCUAAUCGAGGGAGUCCGAGAGGAAGAGAGCUGUACUGUUAUCAGCAGAGUCGUGACCACAGAGGCAUUGGAGAAGGAGUACAAGCUGUUGAUGAGGUGCAAGUCCAAGCAGUGGAGGCCGAAGCUGGAGACCAUAACGGAGUCGGAGAGGAGGAGUAGAGGGGUGGGACUAUUUGGUGUCUUCAAGAGCAGGAGGAAGAAGAAGAACAAGAACGGGAGCCAAUGAAUUUGGUAUCACAUGCAGCUCCAUUAAACUCUUCAGCAUUUGUAGAAAGCAAGACAGAAAAGUAGUCGCAGGAACAGAUGGAGGGCUCUCUUCCUUCUUCUUGUCACUGCUCCAAGUCUUCACCUCUUUUAGUUUGCUUCUCCUUUUGAUCCAAAAGUUUUGUCUCGUACAGUGUAAAGAUGACUGUAUUCUUACUGGGUAUUAGGAUAUAAAUAAUUUAAAUCUCUUGUUUA